GCCACGGAACUCGGCGGGUGUACGUAGGAGAGCUCAGGCGGUGUCGUGACGUGCGUGCUGGGCUCGGUUCAUCCCGCGUUUCCUAAAUCCGCGCCGCACUCAGCUGUUUAUUUUUGCGUUAAGAACGAUACAGGAAAAUAAAAUGCGAUUUUGUUCGAUUUCCUAAAAAGGAAAAUUUAUAUAUUUCUACUUGAUGGAUACAUGCUAAUUAGAAUAUGAGCGACUGCUGAUAACAGCUGCCUUAUGCUAGAGUUAUCACUACUUACUGCUCUCGAGUGAUAAAAUGACAUUUUUAUAGCGUGUACGUAUCCGUCGAACACCUGACCUAGUUGUGUUCAUUAGUGACUUUGAAGCAACGGCACCGCUCGGGAACAUACCAGAGAGAGCUUUUGCGAGGCCGCUGGACCGAUGCUGAAGCAGCGCGCUCUUGCCCCUGCCCGGAGAUGAUCCCCGGGCGGCCGUGAGAAUGUCGUGCAGCAUCCGCGUGUACGGUCACAACCAGUACGUGUCCGUGAUCUGCACGUGCCGGGAGUGUGGCGAGGGCCGGCCGUGCAUGCGCCGGGACCAGCCCGGGAAGCCCCCCCUCCCCGGCGCCCCCCCUCCCCCGAUGCCCCUCACCUCCACGCCCUCCAGCAGGUCCCUGCCCGAGGGGUGCGAGGCUCGAGGCGCGGGCGGCGUCUGGCGACGCUCGUCUAUCAACACGCUGGACUUCUCUCUGGACUCGUCGGUGGACUCGUCCUCGUCGUCGCUCCUCGACCGCUCGGGCUCCUGCUUCAGCGCCGCCUCGCACGACUCGAGGCCGAGCCGCGCCUCUAGCGACCCAGAGCACUCGUUCGCGCCCGCGCACUGGGCCUUUCCCCAGGACACCCACAGAGGCAGUCAGUCGUCCAGUGCCACGCUAGAGCACCGGGAAGCUGUGCCGGGGGAGGAGGACCCCGGCUGGAGGGGCAAGGGCAACGCCAGCAGUAGCCUCCCGCCGUCAUGGCAGCAGCAGCAGCAGCAGCAGAAACAGCAGGGGGAGGACUCGUCGCUCUCGCGCAAGAUCCAGGCCGCGUUCAGCUACCGCCUUCAGGACGCCUACAACAGGGCCAUGACGGAGCGGUUUCCAGAGUCACGACCAGGAGAUGCGCACCGUCUCAGCGCUGACGCCGGUGCCAUGCUCCGUGCUCAACAGCAACAGCAACAGCAGCAACCUUCCCCUCAGGGCGGCAGCACCAGAGACCUGACGCCGUACUCCCAGCAACAGCAGCAGCAGCAGCAACAGCAGCUGGGCAAGACCCCCGUGAGGGACUUGGGCGGCGGAUCAGCCCCUGCCCUCAAGACGCAGCCCACCAGGGACCAGCCCCAGAUAGACCCAGUAGAGCGCGAGAUAUACGGUUGA